GGUACAAUUAUAUUCAAAUGCAUAAAUUUAAUUGUCGAAUAUUCAUAUUUAUAAGUUAUGAAGACUUCAAAAUUUAUACCUAUUGGAAUUCUAUUUCUCAUAAUAUCAAGUGUAGAUUGUCGUAUUUAUCUUUUAUUAGCAGAAAUAGUGAAUUUUCUAUUGGAACUUACCAGAAUUCAACCGCUACUUUUUCCUCAAUAUCAACAAUCGAGUAUUAGAGAAAAUGUCAAAUUCGAUUUUAUAAUAGUUGGAGCAAGUCCUUCAGGAUCAGUCGUAGCUAAUAGAUUAACAGAAAAUCCUGAUGUGAAUGUACUCUUAUUAGAAGCUGGUGAAGAACCUAGUUUUAUAACGGACGUACCAUUCGUAGCAGGAUUUCUAGAAUUUACAUCUUAUAAUUAUGGUUACAAAUCGGUACCACAAGAAGGAUUCUGUAAAGGAUGUAUCGAUAAAAAUAUGGAAUUAUUCCACGGGAAAGCGCUCGGCGGUAGUAGUAUAAUAAACUAUAUGUUGUUUAUCAGAGGAAAUCCUAAAGAUUUUGAUACUUGGGCUGAUCUAGGCAACCCUGGAUGGUCUUACAAAGACAUGUUAUCUUAUUUAAAGAAACUUGAAGACGCCCGUGUUGAAGUGAAGGAUUCACAAUAUAGAGGAGAAGGAGGACCUUUAACAGUUAGUGAUAUUCCUUAUAGAACAAAAUCUGUUCAUCACUUUGUUAAUGCUUGUAUAGAAGCUGAUUACGAUUAUGUUGAUUAUAACGGUAGAAAACAAAUCGGGGUGUCUUAUGUGCAAGGUACUAUAAGAGACGGUGCACGUUGCAGUGCUGAAAAAGCUUAUCUUAGACCGAUAAGGAAUAGAAAAAAUUUGGUGAUCCAAACGAAUUCCAAAGUUACGAAAAUUCUGAUGAAUAAAUAUACAAAAACGGUUUUCGGUGUAGAAUAUUUACAUAACGGUGAAAAACACGAAGUUUUUGUGGAAAAAGAGGUUAUUUUAUCAGCGGGGGUAUUCAAUUCUCCCCAAUUAUUGAUGCUAUCUGGAAUAGGACCAAAAGAUCAUUUGGAAGAAAUCGGUAUACCAUUAAUAAAAGACUUACCAGUUGGUAAGAAAAUGUAUGAUCACGCAGCUUUUCCUGCUGUUAUUUAUGAGCUGAACAGCAAUGCUGUUAUUGAUCUCAUACCAAUUCUCGUGAAUCCUAAAUCCUACAUUGAAUACUCGAAAGGGACAGGACCAUUUACUAAUUUAGGUGGUUGUGAAGCUAUCGCUUACAUAAAUACGAAUACUACAAAAAAUCUUACUGAUAUUCCUAAUAUAGAAUUAUUAAUGCUUGCAAUAAGCUUCAGCACCGAUUUCGGUAUUGCCUUUAGAAAAAUCUUUAAUAUACCCUCAGAAACUUUCGACAUACUUUUUGGACCGUUAAUAGGAAAAAACGUUUAUCAGGUCAUACCAACAUUGAUAUAUCCGAAAUCGUUUGGAUGGAUUGAAUUGAAUAAAAAAGAUCCAGAAGGUGCACCUUUAUUGUAUUCUAAUUAUUUCUCUGAUCCCGAUAACGACGACAUUAAAACUUUGAUACAAGGUAUCAGGGAAAUAGAAAGGAUAAACAGUAUGCCUUCUAUGCAGAAACUUGGAGCUAAAAUGGUGGUUACACCAGUUCCUGGUUGCGAGCAUUACAAAUUUGAUUCUGACGAUUAUUGGGAAUGCGCGUUAAGAACUUUAAUAGCGAGCUACUAUCAUCAAGUGGCAACUUGUAAAAUGGGACCUAAAUCAGAUCCAGAAACAGUAGUUAAUCAUAAAUUAAAAGUUCACGGAAUUAAAAAAUUACGAGUUAUUGAUAAUAGUAUCAUACCAACACCACCAGCGUCUCAUACAGUCGCUAUGGCGUAUGCGAUUGGGGAAAAAGGUGCUGAUUUGAUCAAAUCUUCAUGGAAUUUGUAAGAAUUACUACAAUUAACAAAAAUGUAUUUCCCAAUUAUACAAUAAUUAGAAUUAUA